AGGUACGAUUUCAUAUAGUUUUUGUUUAAAAUGUAUUUACUUCAAUGCAAUGACUUCCAACGGAUUGCCUGCAGUACUCUUAAAGUCUACAAGAUGGCGUCGGAAUUACUUGAGUUCUCUUCUAAAAGAUCGUAGGUGGUGCUUUAAUGUGAAAGGUCAAACCGGAAAUGUAUGUAUUUUGCCGUUUUGCGCUGCCGGAACUGUAGCGGAGUUUGUAGGUUACAGGAUGUUUUGGAGCUCUGUAGGUCAGCGGACAUGUGUCGGACUCCGUUACCGUUUCUUGUGCCUUACAACAAGGCAAAUCAUUCUGUCCUCUCCCGGGUGUCUCCAAGACGAGUCUUUCUGCACCUCUGUCCCAGCACAAGGUGAGGGUGUGAAGCCGCCUGUGAAGAGGUGGACUGUGGCCAUGAGUCCCAUGAGCAGCGUGCGGGCACAGCUGACCUGUAACAUCUCUGUCAGCCCUCUGGACCCUCACACCUUCCCAGAGGCUGACCGAGCCAUUCUGACGGUGCACGGCUGCGGGGAGCAGCUGGAGAGAUCUCUGGACCAUGUCCGGGUACAUUACGAUGACCAGAGCAGCGAGCUGCUCAUCUCUGCUGACCAGGUGGACCACGGAGUGUCCGUGGAUCUGGCUGCGCCCAUUAAUAGCGAUCUCUUUAUUACCACUCGUGGAAGUGGUGAUGUGGAAGUGAAAAAGAUGGAAUGUAACGUCUGCAAGGUGCAAACAGAAAGAGGCAACUGUUUGUUGCAUUCUAUUAAGGGUCACCAGGUUGAGGUACAGUCUAAUGGGGGACACGUGACAGCUGUGGGCACCAUCCAUGGUAAUGUCAGCAUCAAAACACAUGGAGACAGUGCAGUAGAUGUAAAGAAGCUGCAGGGAACCAGCAUGAACGUUUCAACAGAACAUGGCCCUCUGUCAGUCAAAGUCAUCUACUCUGAGUCCAGCAGCAUCUCCUCCAGCUCUGGAAGAAUCCAGCUGGGACACAUACAAGGCAACUCUGUGGUGAAGAAUGUGCAUGGAGACACGGUCAUAGAUGGUUCAAAUGGUUCCUUGAACGUUUCAUCUCAUAGCGGAGCCAUUGAUGUCUAUGUGGGAGAUGACAGCAGUGCUAACCUUCACAGCCACAAAGGUGGAGUGUGUGUGCGGGUCCCGUCUUCCCUCAGAGCAGGGGUGGAGCUCCGUGGGGCGUCUGUGGAAAUCAGCCCAGAGGUGGUUUUGUCAGAAGUAGAAACCCACACAGACCACAGCCAAACCACACUGAAGGGCUACAUGAAUGGAGCCUCUGCAGCGGGCCAGUCCAUUCAAGCUCAGACAGACACGGGCUCUGUAACACUGAGGACCCAAAGCUGGUUUGACUCACUGAAGCUGAGUCAGGAAUGACGAGACUGUUGUUUGUAGGUUUGCACCACUUUGCUUCUGUUGGCGUCGACCGCGGUCUGGUCUUUUACAACAUCCGAGAUCUGGAUUAAAGAGAAUCCUCACAGACAAAUUACUUUCAACAGCUGGAGUGUUGCGCAAUUUUUGUGUAUGUUUUGUUAAUUUACAAAAAUAAAUGUUUAUAUUUGAAUCACA